ACCUGGUAUCCUGCGCUUUGAAUAUGCCAGUUGUUUUAUGAACCCGCUCUCUGUUUGGUGUUGACCUAUUCUCGUGGCACUGAUCUGCGGCGUCUGUUAUCCUGACCAUGCCGCUCUCCUCUCUUCUCCGCACUUCGUCCCGCCUGGGGCCGCCGGUAGCUCGGAGGUUCAGAAGAGCGGCCUCCACCGUGUCCUCCACGGCUCCCAAGUCCCCGAAAUCAUUGGAUUCCAUCCUCAUUGCGAAUCGAGGAGAGAUUGCACUACGUGUUGGUCGGACCGCUGCUCAACACGGAAUUCGAGUAACGACGCUCUACACUGAUCCAGAUAGCAAGGCGCAACACGCGCUGAGCUCACCCUUCGCCUUCAACUUGGGGUCGGUCUCCGCUUAUCUCGAUGGAGAUCGAAUUAUUGAGAUUGCCAAGAAGGAGGGCUGCCAAGGGAUACACCCUGGUUACGGCUUUCUGAGUGAGAAUGCGGCCUUUGCGCGAAAAUGUACGGAAGCGGGCUUGGUCUUCAUUGGCCCUCCUUGGAAGGCCAUCGAAGACAUGGGAGACAAGAGCCAAUCCAAAAAGAUCAUGACGGCAGCUGGUGUACCUUGUGUACCGGGCUAUCAUGGCGACAACCAGGAUGUCAACUUUCUCGAAGCUGAGGCCGACAAGAUCAAAUACCCCGUGCUAAUUAAAGCGAUCAAGGGAGGUGGCGGCAAGGGAAUGCGUAUCGCUCACACCAAAGCUGAAUUUCAAGCACAGCUGCAGUCCGCGAAAUCGGAAGCUCUGAAUUCAUUUGGAGAUGAUCAGGUACUGGUGGAGAAGUACAUCACCACCCCCCGUCACAUCGAGGUCCAAGUGUUCGCCGACAAGCACGGGAACGCUGUUGCCCUGGGUGAGCGUGAUUGCAGCAUACAACGAAGACAUCAGAAGAUCCUGGAAGAGUCCCCGGCUCCCCAUCUACCCGAUGCCACGAGGAAGGACAUCUGGGCAAAGGCCCGAUCGGCCGCUUUGGCUGUCGGCUACGAAGGUGCCGGCACCGUGGAGUUCAUCUUUGACAAUGACACUGGCGAGUUCUUCUUCAUGGAGAUGAAUACCAGACUCCAGGUGGAGCAUCCCGUCACUGAAAUGGUUACCGGACAGGAUCUCGUGCACUGGCAGCUGAAGAUCGCAGAAGGCGCCCCACUUCCAUUGCUUCAGGAAGAUGUGGAGGCAUUUAUGGCUAGCCGCGGGCAUGCUAUCGAAGCUAGGAUUUACGCAGAGAACCCUGACCAGGGGUUUAUCCCGGACUCUGGAACUCUGCUCCAUGUUCGCACUCCCGCCACUACCGAUGAUGUUAGGAUCGAUGCGGGGUUCGUCGCGGGCGACGAUGUCUCGGCGCAUUAUGAUCCCAUGAUCGCCAAACUGAUCGUGAGAGGCAACACGCGGGAAGACGCGAUCCGGAAACUUGCGACUGCGCUGGAGGAGUACGAGAUCGCGGGUCCCAUCACCAACAUUGAGUUCUUGAAGACCAUCUGUCGGAGUCCUGAUUUCAUCAGCGGAGAUGUGGAAACCGGGUAUAUUGAGAAGCACCGCGAAGAGCUAUUCACCAGGGAGGCGAUUGCGCCCGAGGUGUUGGCUCAAGUGGCCUUGGCCUGUCUCCACCAUGAUUCUGCCCCCGUUUCGGGGACGCAAGCCAGCUUUGAGGGUUCUGCCGUAGGCUUUGGCUCGGGGUAUCAGGCACGCCAGAUAUCAUUGGCUGAGCUAAGCCCCGGGACAAAGAAUGUCACGAGGUUUGACAUUCGGGUCCAACAAACGGGUGACAACACGUUCGAUAUCGAUGUUGGAGGCCAUUCAUUUGAGCAAGUGGUGAGCCAGCGGGACCCAGCCUCCCGGGUUGUCGCCUCCUUCUUCCCCCACACCCGCCUGGACACCACGGUGAUCCGCGACGGAGAUACCAUCAUCGCUUUCCAACGAGGGACGCAGUACCGGUUGACGAUACCCCGAGCGAAGUGGAUGGAGAAGGCAUUGGGAAUGAAGGACGUGACGAACAGCGUUCUUGCACCGAUGCCAUGCAAGGUGCUGCGAGUCGAAGUCCAGGCGGGCGAUGUGGUGGAGAAGGAUCAGCCCCUAGUGGUGAUCGAGAGUAUGAAGAUGGAAACGGUCAUCCGCAGCCCGCAAAGGGGGACCAUUGCCAAAGUGGUACAUCAACAAGGAGACCAAUGCAAGAGUGGGACGCCGCUGGUUGAAUUUGAAGAAGAGAGCGGUGAGUGAGGGAUACGUAGUCACCGGCUGCAUCGGCAGCGGCGAAGCACUUGAGGGGUGUGGAGACAGAAUCCGGGGUCUCUGAAAUAAUGCGCUGGAUAUGGAAUGCAUGUAUGGAGUUACUGCAGAAUACACGGUAGACGAUUCAUCUCCGGUGACAAUGGACAAUCAAUCAACGGAAGGCCGAUCCCGGGUGCCCCGACACGGCAGGAGUGAAAGCUGCUGGAUGUCAUGUGGACACCUAGGCAUCGAUAUUGCUUUUGUGCAUGACCAGUCUUUGGGGGAAACAAUCUGACAUGUGUAGCAAUCUGACUCCUACAUUCCCAAAAUUGCUCACCCAU